AUGGAUAUAUCAGUCGCAGUUUCGACCAACCACUACCUCUGGAACGAUGUUAUCGUUAAGAUACAAGAAAUUGCGCAAGCUGUUGAGGCGGAACAUGCCAGUCUCGCAUCCAGAGUGAAGGAGCUGGAGGUUGAGUUGUCCGUCUGGAAGCAAGCCCACGCUACAUCACGAGAUGCCGCUGAGCGCCAAAUAAAGGCUCGCGAUGAGCAACUUCAUGCUAUGAAGCAACCCAAUGGUGGCCCAAGCAUCACUUACGAAAAAUCUUUGAUACUUUGUAUCAUCGAUGGCACCAAGACCAUAUUCUCUCCCGCAUAUUUCAAGCAAGGCGAGGAAGGCGGCCAACAGGCUGCAGAGGAACUCACUCGAGGCAUCCAACAGCAUCUCGCGGAUGACAAGGAUAUUGGGCCGCAGGGUUUCUCCCUGUGGACGUCCCUAUACAUCAAUAAGCGGGAACUCGCAGACGAUAUGGUCGUCAAUGGGCAUUGUACUGCCGCCCAGUUCGAGCGGUUCUGUGUAGGCUUGAGCCAGACUUCUUCUCUCACUAUCGUCGACGUCGCGAACAAGAAAGGGGUCGAUGUUAAGAUCAAGGAAUAUAUCAAGACUUUCGCGGGUCUUCCACAAACGCUUCGAAUCAUUUACUGUGUACAGGAGGCUCCAGCGUCGAUUUGGCCUGUAUCGUCGACUCGCUAG